GCUUCUCAGUAUAACGACUGCCUGGGUACACGCAGCAAAGCGUCUAGUUUAUAAUAAUUUACGCACGGCAGGAGUUAAAAAUACUUGACUUCACAUUAGAAGCUAUGCUAGUUUCAAGUAAGCACUUGGCCCAAGCGCACUUGAAAAUCUCAAAGUCGCACCACAGAAUUCUUGGUUCGCGCUUGCGCAGUGACGUUCACGUUACUUCAGCUCGUCGUCCUCCGGUCGUCGUCUUGGUUGCUUAAGCUCCCUAAAAUUAUUUAAUUCUGGCCAGAUCGAAUUGUUGUUGGUAGCGAUGACAGCGAAGAAACUAUUUUUUCUUUUGGCUGUUUUAACUACUGGAAUAUUGCUAAUCGUCGGACUGUAUGAAAAGCAAAUGAAGAUGAAUCUCAACACAGUGCCAAGUCAAGAUGAGCGAGCGAUAAAAGAGGGUUCAAAUGUUCGGAUUAUACAGGACUCAUUUAAUUUCAGCACUCCAAGAGAGUUAAGACAACAAGAACGUAGAAAGCUGGUUAAAACGUAUUGUCAAAAGACUGGGCACAAUAUUGGCAUGAAACGCCCUUCUCACAUUGAAGUGAUUCCGUCUCUCAAAAUACUGUACUGUAUAACACCUAAAGUGGCUUCCAGGCAGUGGAGGAGCAUGCUGUAUCCUUUUAACGAGGGUCGAAGGAUCAUAAAAUUGGGUCAGUUUCCUCCUGACCAGCAAAAGCAGAUGUUGGAAACAUAUUUCAAGUUCACGUUUGUUCGUGAACCGUUCGAGCGCAUUCUGUCAGCUUACAAAGACAAGUUUGUUCAUCUAAGACAGGGAGACCGCAGAACUCUUGAAUUUCACGGAAGAGAGAUCCUGAAGAACUUCCGUCCAAACGCUUCAAAGAGUGCACUUGAAAAGCUUGAUGACAUCACUUUUCGGGAGUUCAUAGAGUAUUUAGUAACCAAAGGAAGCAACAAGAGUACGCGUGUUAUGGACUGGCACUGGAAUAAUUACGCCAACAUAUGUGGAAUGUGUGCCAUCAACUAUGACUUUAUAGGUCAUUACGAAACUUUUGAUCAAGACUUGGCAGAUUUCAAAGAGGCAGCGGGGUUAUCACCUGAAGAGGCAAAGAGAUUCAAUGCUCGUGCCAGCAAUAAAUCCGAUACCGCCUCCUCUUUACUCAAUUAUUACUCGCAGAUUCCCGUAGAAUGGAUCGACAUUCUUGGUCAGUUGUACAGAGCUAGCUUUGAGAUGUUUAAUUACGACUUUCCGGGACCUCUUGAGAGUCUUUUUGAGUAAAAGAAGAGAGAACAGUGUCGAAGGCUGGCAACCUGACAUACCAUGAACACUUUAGGACAUAACAUGAACAUUUCAGGAGCAUUUGCCUAAGACAUCAGGACAUGUUCGGUUAUUGGAGCCAGUCGAUAUUACGUAGAACUUAUACCAAGUAACGAGUUGUACACUCUGAUCGAGUUACCAUAGUGACUAGAAAAUUCCGGAAACUCUCUUUCAAAGGAGACUAUUACGUUUUUCAAGGAAACCCCAUUUUACAAGAUUGAGGCUUUAUAACUCGGUAAAAGUUACUGACACGAGUGUGGCUGCGAUUGCUAUUGCACUUGAGGAAGAGAAUGGGCACCCAAUUAAUGCAAGCUUAUUAAAACUACGGCUGUAUAUUUGUGUGCAAAGGAACCAUGCAUUGCGUCUGUGUUUUUAUGAUUUAGUCCGUUAUUUUGUGCUCCUUGAUAUUCACCUCUGAAAAUCAUACUACAAAAAUUAUUCGCUUCAGGCCCAGUGAGCAUUAGUGAAUAUUCACCUCUACUUUGUCUUGGUGAAUAUUCACCAAGGUUAACUGAGGCUGAGGCAAAAAAUUGUUAAAUAUUCAACAUUUAUUGAUAUAUCAAAUAUAAAUGUUAAGGCCUUGACAGAAAACAUUAAUCGGGUUUGUAUGUAUCUUAAGUUGUGUGUCUAGGGCAUCUCAAUCAUGAAAAAAUGUUCUGAAGACCCACUCUGAAAUUUUGUCACACACGGCUCUGAACUUCAUCUCUCCGGGCCAUCAUUUUGGUUUCCUAAACAAAAGCCGAUCACAGUUAGGUAACGUCAUCAUGCCAACGAAUCAAUCUCAGUCAAUCAGCAUUUUGCCUCCAAAUGUGGGCGCACCGAUUCAAAAUUCAAAGCGGUCGAUGGCAGCUAUUUACUAUGAUGGCAGCCUCUUAUUCCCCUUUCCUCUCCUUCAUUCUUUCCACGCGAAGAGCGUGCUCGCAGGCUAUUCAUUAGGACGAAAAACAACAGCUAUCACAGGGCGGAUGAGCCCAGCUUA